AUCAACAUGCGAUCGAUUUUAUUACCUGUAUUACACUGAUCGAGCCUAAGUUAUAUGACCUGCGUUGUGGUUGUCGUCUGCGCUGCCUGCAACGAAAAUAUGCGACGUUUGUUGUGAACUGUGCGGAAAUUUAUAACGUGGAGAAAUGAAAAGCAUCAUGAACAAUUAUUUCUUGACAACCAUUUGUUUCUUUCUUCUGGUCACAGUACAAGGUGCUGAGGCGACCGGUUUGCUGAAAACUAUAGUCGUCGGUGUUUUGGGUGCCGGUGCUACCGCCUUAGGCAUACCGACAGUCCUCGGCUUUUUGGGCUUCACUGGUGCAGGCAUCGUUGGGGGUUCCUACGCCGCAGGGAUGAUGUCUUCAGCCGCAGUAGCAGGAGGCGGAGGAGUGGCUGGGGGCAGCUUAGUGGCGGUGUGUCAGUCCAUUGGUGCCGCUGGACUCUCUUGGGCUACUACAGCUGUCAUGAGCCUCGGAGGUGGUGUCGUUGCCGCCGGUGGCAAGGCUCUUCAAAAACUGAUGCGUUAAAGUCGACAGUGCAUAGAGGAAACGUUAAUUGGGUACAGGGUUCGAGAUUUAACACCUAAAUAUGCACAUCACAAGACACCCUAAUCGUUCAUAGUGACCGCCAAACAUUAAUAUUUUCUGACUUUUAAAGGGAUUGCAGCUUAGCAAAUUCUGGUUAACGCCAUCUGCGUCUUCUUCUGGAGAACUGCAUGUAAACGAAUGGACAGCGACUAAAUCUCUACAUGGUCAGCGUUCGCGAAACAGACCGAAGUUCUCCUCA